AACUGGAUCUGGACAUCACAGACACAAUUCAUAUGCAAGUGCAAAUAGACAAUUUAUUUGUUAAACAUCAGUUUUUAAACAAAUAAAACAUCAAAUUUCUUUUCAUUUAUAGUUAUUUGAAUUUGAAAUCAAGAUGACUAUGGCCAUGUUACAACGACGUGCUAAUGUAAGACUUCCACCGGAAGUUAAUCGUGUUUUAUAUAUCAGGAACCUCCCGUAUAAAAUUACAGCGGAGGAAAUGUAUGAUAUUUUUGGGAAAUAUGGGGCCAUAAGACAAAUACGAGUUGGAAAUACUGCGGAAACCCGAGGCACCGCUUUCGUAGUCUACGAGGAUAUUUUUGAUGCCAAAAACGCUUGCGAUCAUCUCAGUGGGUUCAAUGUUUGUAACCGGUACCUGGUAGUCCUGUACUAUCAGAGCAACAAGGCUUUCAAACGGGUGGAUGUUGAUAAGAAGAUGGAAGAAAUUGACAAAUUAAAAACUAAAUACAAUCUUAAUGACGAUAAAAAAUAAAUAUUUAUUUAUGAGCAUCAAGUUAGCAGACAAUCAGCAAUUUUCGAAUUUUUCGACAGUUUAAUUUAAAAAAAAAGCACAUGUAGAAAAUUUUAAAAACUACAGAUGCAGUUCUUUUAAAUGUCGUUUUUAAAAAAUCGAAAAAUUAGAGGUCAGCUAAUUUCAUAUUUAUUUUUAAUUAUGUAUUUGUAAGAACUUAAUAAUUAUUUGUAAGAAUAAGAAGACUGUAAAUAAAUUAUAAUUUUUAAUUGA